ACAGCAGGAAUGAAGUAUCUGCUGCUCCUUCUUGCGUUUGCAGCCCUUGCCGGGGUCCAAGCCAACCGUUUCCGUGAAGAGUUUCCUGGGCCGUACUGUGCGGCGCGUAACUACGAUGCCUGUUGUCGCAACCGUCAGGAUGGUUGCGCACAACCAAUAUCCACAACGCUUUGCUAUUGCGAUGAGUUCUGCCAACGAGGUGAUCACGGAGAUUGUUGCCCGGAUUACGAGGAAGUGUGCUUAGGCAUCAUCGCCGAACCGGGAAAUGCCACAUCGUGCGUACACAAGAACCAUUACUUCACACCGUACAGCGAGACCGUAGUGGACAACUGCAAUACUUGUAAAUGCAACUACGACGGUACUGUCACCUGUACGGAAGAUGUGUGCUUGGUAGAUGAAGAUCUUCUUCGCCAGUUGAACCAUCUGGAGCGGUCCGUUGGAUGGAAGGCUACCAACUAUAGCGAAUGGUGGGGACGCACGUAUGACGAUGGUAAGGUGCUUCGUCUUGGCACAAUGGAACCCAAUUUUCGUGUAAAGUCAAUGAAGCAGCUCAGCAACAGAGGUGGCUCCUUACCGAAGCAUUUCGACGCAAGUGAGCACUGGACUGGACUGGUUACAGAGGCUCGUGAUCAAGGAUGGUGCGGUUCGUCCUGGGCAUUCUCCACGGCAAUGAUGGCAUCGGAUCGUUUCGCCAUCCUCUCGAAGGGACGCGAAAUGGUUCAACUCGCUCCACAGCAGAUGCUCGCUUGUGUGCGCCGCCAGCUUGGAUGCAAGGGAGGCCACUUGGACACGGCCUGGCAGUACCUGCGUAAAGUUGGUGUGGUCAACGAAGAAUGCUAUCCUUAUGUUGCGGCACAAAACGUGUGCAAAAUCCGGUCCAGCGAUACACUGAUCACGGCCAACUGCGAACUGCCGGUUAAGGUGAACCGAACCGACAUGUACAGAAUGGGACCGGCGUUCAGUCUGAAAAACGAAACUGACAUCAUGUCUGAAAUUAAGGAUCGCGGAACGGUGCAGGCCAUCAUGCGAGUGUAUCGCGAUUUCUUCUCCUACCGAAGUGGAAUUUACCGUCAUUCGGCUGCGGCCACUCCUGCCGAUGAACGUUCCGCUUAUCAUUCGGUGCGUCUGAUCGGCUGGGGAGAGGAACGCGUUGGCUACGAGGUCGUGAAAUAUUGGAUUGCUAUCAACUCCUGGGGCCAAUGGUGGGGCGAGAAUGGACGCUUCCGCAUUCUACGUGGAUCGAACGAGUGUGGAAUCGAGAACUACGUGCUGAGCUCCAACCCGUACGUGCACGAACAUGUGCAGGCAAUACGCAAAGUGGGCGAUCUGCAGGAGUUCUUUGUCGGAACGGGUUACGUUCCACACCCCAGUCGCCGGUACCCACCGUACGGCCGUGGCUAG